UGGUAAUGUUUUUUUAAUUUUUUAACCGGGACGAUGGAAGUAAGUGCAAUGCCGCCGAUGCCCUUGGACUUUUCUAUGGUGAGGAGUGGCUCACCUGGCGGCAGCCUUAGGGAGUCGCCGAGAAGUGGCUCCAAUAGCGCCUUUAGAGUUGUCACCCCGAAGGGAAUACUAGCGAGUGAGGCUCUUCGGAACAGCCUAGGCCAAAACACCUGGUCACCAGUUCCUCGACCGGAGCCGAGGGUAUCUCCUCCUUCACACCAUGAUGUCUAUCCUAUCAGAGAGGAAAUCAAAUUCGGCAUCAACCGUUUGGUCAGCGAGAAAACAGACGAGGAAGAAGAUGAGCAACACAAUGAAAUCCCAAGACCCGAAGGCAUUUCCCCCAAUUCACGCUGCGGCAGCUCAUGCUGGCCACCGUCUCCGCAAUCCCCUAGAUCAGUCCGGUCAAGUUCUCCUGAACUCGAAGUGGAUUCCCCUCCUUCUUCUCCAAGAAGACCUCCAGAUUCCUCGCCGCCCCCGAGAAGAUCCGAGUCGUUUUCUGUCAGUGCUCUCUUAAGACCUGAUGCACCUCGAGUCCAGCCGCAGCGGCCUUUCUUAUAUCCUCACCUGCCUUUCGCGGAAUUCCUUCGAGACGCUGGGAGUCUCGGUAUACCUUGGGGAGGUUACAGUAACCUGUACCUCCACGCAGUGCAGGCCGCUGGUCCGGAGUUCCUUCGGCUCCGAGCAGCUGUACUUGGAGCUCCUGGGCCUCUCUCGAGACCCCUGCCCAUCGGUGACGUGUACUCGUGUGUGAAGUGUGAGAAGAUGUUCAGCACCCCGCACGGGCUGGAAGUGCACGCAAGACGGUCGCAUAACGGCAAGAGGCCGUUUGCUUGCGAAAUGUGUAGUAAAACGUUCGGGCACGAGAUUAGUCUUAGUCAACACAGGGCUGUCCACAGUGUGGAGAAGGUGUUCGAAUGCAAGCAAUGCGGCAAGACCUUCAAGCGGUCCAGCACACUGUCCACCCACCUGCUCAUCCACUCCGACACCAGGCCUUACCCCUGUCAAUACUGCGGGAAGCGGUUCCACCAGAAAUCCGACAUGAAGAAACAUACUUACAUACAUACUGGCGAGAAACCCCACAAAUGCCAAGUGUGUGGCAAAGCGUUCAGCCAGAGCUCCAACCUCAUCACCCACUCACGCAAGCACACCGGCUUCAAGCCCUUCGCGUGCGAUCUUUGCGGGCGGGCGUUCCAGAGGAAAGUCGACUUGCGUAGACACAGGGAGACGCAACACGCGGACCUUAGACACGUGCCGCAUACUGACGUGCAUGGUAUGCAUGCAGAGAUGAUGCCGGAACAUAGAAUAGACCUCCACCCGCCGCACCCCGAGAUGCGGCAACACCCCGACUUCAGACCGCCGCACGCGCCCGCGCAGCUCCAGCCGCUCGCCUCCUGAACGGCGACCGCCUUCGCGCCGCCCAGCUGGCGCUGAGGCAAUCGCGACCCUGUAGCCAUCUGCACAGAGUCUAAAAUAGAACAAGAGUGAAUCUAGACUAUUAAAGUUCCGCGUUUGCCUACUAGUGCUGAGGCGAUAUCGACUCUGUGGCGAUGUGCGCAGUCUGUAAUUGUACAACAGUGAUAAGUAUUGGAUUAUCGACCCUAUCGACCCUGUAGCGAGGUGCAGAGUCUGAAACAGAACAGUGCUUCUAGACUAUUGGAGUCUGGUAUCAACUGGCGCAAGGCAAUAGUGACUCUGUGGCGAUCACGAUAGAGUCUGAAAUGGAACAACGUGAUUUUAGAGAGUAUUGAAAUAUCUUUUUUGGAUACACGUCCGAAAAAUUAUACUGAGGCAAUUUCAACCCUGUGACCUUACAACAUUUUACUUGCGCGUUUUAGUUUUUUGACUAUACCAAAAUAUUUAACGCUUUCCGUACCUACGUAAGUUUAUUAAGUGAAGAUUUUCCAAAGAUUACCAAAAUACCUACAAUUAAUUAAAUUGUCCAAUAACCUGAUACCUACACGCUACGGUAAUCCAAAGAUUAUUAUUUUAAGGCAUUUAACUUAGUUGUGGCAAGUUUAAUGUACAAAUUCUCAUAUUUAAACUGUGCUAAUUUAUAAUUUUAUUUAGAUUGAUCUAGAUUAUGUUUUACGACGUUUUAAAAAAAAGUGAAUUAGGUCGUAAGGGACAAAUUAAAUGGUCCUACCCACAAAAUAUUGUUAAAAACUGCUGUUUAUAAUAUUUAGCUGAUUUUAGGCUAAAGUAUAUACCUAUUGUGAAGGCUUCGUGCAUGUGAGUUUUUGAUCUCCUUUUAAUUAAUAUUAUAUAAAAUGCGAAUAAAUAGUGUAAAUGUAGACUGAUAAUGCCAUUCCAAAUAUUAUAUUUUGAGAAUGUUGUUUUUGAUUUUUGACUUAGUUUUAAAUAAAUUCCAAAUAAGCCAUUCCAGUUGAGUUACUUGCUUAUCACCAAGUUAUUGUUGUGCUUUGUCUACAAAACGAUGAUAUAAAAAUAAUUUACAGAAAACUUGUAAUAAAUCAAGAUAUUUGUAAAUAGUUUUCAAAAGCUCUCGGCAACAAUAUACCUAGAAAUUUUCUUUUUUUGUCAUAUUUUGACCUUCACAUAAAUCAUAAUUAUUAUAUUAAAUAAUGCGAUCACAGAAUACCUAAUUUAAUUCGCUAUCCAAUAUACAGUUCCUUACUUUAAAAUUACUCCUCAGAGAUCAAAUUUAUAUUAUUUUAUUUAAAUAACAAAUACUCACAUAUCACUAUAUUUGAUAUAGUAUCGUUUAGUUAAAAUGAAAGUUAUUUGUUGCAGCGUUGUAAAUAUUUCACAUUAUUACGCUAAGUAUAUUGAAUGUACAAAAUGUUGUCUAUUUUUAUAGCUUUAGUUACAUUUUAAAGCACUAGGUUAAUAUAAUUCCAUCAAUUAUUCAUUGCAAAGAUAUAAACCAUAUUGGCGUUUUGUUCUCACUAAUUACACCAAAUGAUGUAUAAUAUAUGUAUGUACGUGCACCAAAAAAUAGUUUAAUAAAAUAAUUUCUAAACCUAAGACAGAAAUGAAUUUACAGUAGAUAUUACAUAGUGGCGGUAAAGUGUGUUGUUAUCAGAGAAAAGGGACCAUAAAGUAAAAGAAGCGUAAGUCAUUAUUAUUUAACACCGCACCGAUAUCACGCAACUUUUCGGUUCCUAUGCCCUGAUAAUGCCACAAAAGAUGUUUCAAUAAUGGCUAUAAUUGUAAAAUAUAAAAUUUGCACAAGAGCUUUAUCGUCAGAUAAUGUUUGGAAAUAUAUUAAAUAGCUGUGAAUAGUGCUUUUAAAGCUUCACUACCUUAAAUACAGAUUCUGUCAGUGAAAUCCUUAAUGCCAAAGACAAAAUAGAAAAAAUGUAAAUAGGCAAUAAUAUAAAACAAUUUCAUGUAUUUACCUCUAAUUACUUUACAUGUUUAUAACAGGUGAUAGUUUGAAUGUACUACUCGUACAUGCAAAAUAAAGAGGUUGUAAGGGACAUUUAAAUGCUUCCUUAUAUUCAAACAGACACAUAUUUGUAGGUCAUAUUUGAACUCACCAAGUACGUAUAAACUGAAAUUUAAUAUGUUUUAAAAUUUACAUGUUUGUAUAAUUGUAUUUUAACGUAAGUGUCGAAGUUUUCACAUAAUUCCUUCAUGUUAAUUUUAAUUGUAUAUAUUGUAACAUAUAGUUAAGUACGUAUAAACGGAUCCAAAGACAAACGUGCAAUCCUAUGUCGUAAUAUAAUACCUAAAGUAUGUUAAAGACGAGUCACUUCAAUAAAAGAUGAUGUUUA